UACUCAUAUUCGCCUACACUCCACUCCCACUGCCUCACUCCCAUUCAAAUUAUUGUCCCUUUUUUUCUCCCCACUUUCCAUCACUUUCCGGGAAAAUGUCCAAGUCUAACAAAAUUCGUCACAUUGUUAGAAUCCAGCAAAUGCUUAAGCGCUGGCGAAGGAAGGCGAGGAUCACGGCCUCACACGCACCCUCCGAUGUUCCGUCAGGUCACGUGGCUGUCUGCGUAGGAGAUCAUUGCAAGAGAUUCAUCGUUCGAGCGACGUAUCUGAACCACCCUAUCUUCAAGAAGCUCCUCCUACAAGCCGAAGAAGAGUACGGUUUCAAGACCAUCGGACCGCUAACGAUCCCAUGCGACGAGGCUGUGUUUGAGGAGAUUCUCCGAGUCGUAUCCCGAUCUGACUCGUCCCGGUUCUCCAAUCUUGAGGAGGUUCAGAGAUGCUGCCACGUCAGCAUGAGGAAUCAUCUUGAGUUCUUGGGUGAAUCAAGGCCGUUACUUCGUGGCUAGCUAGCCUUAGACUAACUAUAUAUUUUUUUUCUUUUUUAGGUUAUUAUUAUAUUUUUUUGGCUUUGCUUGGGCAAGCUGUAGCUCUUUUUUUUUUUUAUUUUUUUUAUUUUUAUAUUACCUAAUAGGGAGAUGGCGAGUCGGGUUGGGGUUUUUUUGGAUAACCGAGUCAUCCCGAGUUGAAGAAAAAGCAAGCAAGGGUGUGGGAAAGCUUAUCUCUUGUAAAUUAUGACUUUAUCGGCUAAUUAUGAAAGAUUUGUAGUGAAUCAAAAUGCUUAAUUUAAGCACAGCAUUUGUUAAAUUU